UGUUAAAGGCUAGGAUAGGCGACGAGUAGGUGAAACGCUGGUAGAAGUUCCGCGAUCGAUGACCUAUCGCAAUUCGUCGUUUCCGAAUAGCGUACGGCGCACACGAUUCGGCUGUUCCUAAUCUUCGCGAUUCGACGCGAUGGGAACAGGCGAUUGAUGUCGAGCUACCGUGGUUAAGGCCAGUGCCGCAAUCGAUAAACUAGAAGGAGAUGGACGUAUAGGAAGAUUGGGCGAGGGUGGGAGAGAAGUGGUAGAACUGGAGAUACAGAGGCAGACGGAGAGAGAUAGAGAGAGAAAGAUGAGAACACGUUUGCCAGGUCUGGGUUAACAAAAGGAGAUGCUGUCUAGGAGAGAGAGAGAGAGAGAGAGAGAGAGAGAGAGAGAGAGAGAGAAACAGAGGAGCGCGGAGGUUAGAGGUCACCGAUCUCGCCGAACGAAUUCACAACCGAGAGACUCUUUCUCACUCACGAUUCUGACCCUCGUUAUCACGCAAUUACCUUCUUGCCUUCGAGCAGCGACAUUUGUCCGUGAUCCUGACACUUUUAACGGAUCUCUCGAAUUCUCGAUCGACGAACACACUUCUUAGUUUACUUUAUUCACAGACGAAUCCCGAUCACGAGGUAAUAGAAAUGUAAAAGAAUAAUUUUGUUAAACAGCGAGUACAGCAGGAUAUCUCGGAAGGUUUAGUCGUAGUAAUUAAGUUAUUAAAAAAAUUGUUUUAAUAACUAUAACUCCUUCCGAGACAGCCUGCUGCACCCACUCAAACAAGACACCCUGUAUAACCAGCGUCCGUCGGAUUCUGCUAGCAGCGUUUCCCGAAGAAGAGUCGCAAGAACGUUUCAACUCGAUCGGAUCGCUAAUCGCGUUUUCGUAAUCCGGAUCAAGUACGUCACGAACAUAGUCGACGGCUCUGUCGAAACGCUUUCAACGUACAAGGUCGCUGAGUUCCCGAUCAUAGCCCGUCCCGCGAAAGGUUUCACGCAACUUACAACUCGGGAACGGCUGAACGCAAAACUAGACGAGGAAUAGAAACACAUGUGGCGCGUCUAAGAGAACCCCUGCGAGAGGAAGGUGUGCGAUAGUCGGCGUCGGUGGCCGCCGACCGAUGGGCCAAUGGGAGCCGCGAGGGUGCGGGUGCGCCACCAUCGGCAGCACCACCAUCGCCACCAUUCCCUCCACCAUCGUCGCCACCAUCGUCGUCGCCAUCGCCACCAUCGUCGUAGUACCGGGUCCCUCGCCUCAGAACGAGCGUGGACGUCGACCGCGACGCGUCGCCCGUGCCAGUGAUUCAGCCCGUGCCCGUGCUCGUGCUCUCGUGACGUGUUUGUGUGAUGCAGAGUGCCGAAGCCGUGCCGCCGCGUCCCGUUUUCUCCUUUCGCUGAGGGACCACCGAUUCGGAACCGCGAGGCGAGACCGCGCCGGUUCGCGUUCGCGACUCGGCGGAUUCGAAUGUCGACCGGUCCGAGACCGUGACAACUGUUUGGUGGCCGGUGCCCGCGAACGGUUCGCGAAUGCCCGUCCCCGUUGGCCCCCGCGCCUCGAUCGAACGGCCCGCACAAAGCUCGCACGGUGUUGCGCCGAAUUGCGACAGAUUACCGAGCGGUCGCUCGCAGAGAUCGGUCAUGAUAGACCGCACCGGGUCCGAACGAAUCAGGAGACAAUUCGAAGGACCGUGCCUGAGGGACGUCGUCGGUGGCGCCGACAGGCAGCUGCAGAUUCGAACGACGUAGACACCAGAAUAUCGGACCGCUUUAACAGUUUCGGUGUCGCGUUUCAACGGUUUAACGGCGAUCCGAGAGAAUGCAGCGCGCGGAGUGACAGUUUCCCGAAUUUUCGCCUCAUCCCCCCCGAGGACCAGCGAGGACACCGAUUUUCUCCGCACGAUUUUUCUCGUCCCUCGAGAUCGAACACGGACCAUAGAGAGGCAUCCUCGACGCCGUCAAACAUGCCGGAAACGACGAAGCUCGGCACCGAUUGUUCCGCGGGCCCUCGCUCAGGACCUUAGUCGAUCGGCAGCGGAAGGAAAUCGAAGGAGCAUCCGGCGUGUGCCGCUCGUCGACGAGAAAGAAACGGGCGCCCCGUUCAGCGGAGGCGUAGAGAGACGACUUCCGAGGUUGAUCCGGUCGUAACAGCGUAACGGUUGUCCCGACCUAUGCUUUUCCAGAACAAGAUGUCGAUGACAGGAAGCUUGAUGGGCUACGAAAACAACAACGAGGUGAACCAAGCGAAAUGCAAGAAGCCGCUGAAGCCGCUCCCGAUAGUGUCCAGCAUCAAUGCGAGCGGCGUCGCCGCGACCGGCAAAGCGAGAAAAUCGCGGACCGGCAACGGCAACGGAAACGGAAACUGCAGCACGAGUGGCAGCGGCGGUUGCACAGGCAGGACCGCCAAACGGAACUCCUGCAUACAGGGCCACGUGAAUAGCUUGUGGUCCGUUUGGUACGGCAUUUUGGCGGUCGGCUUGCAAGCCUACAUCGGGCUGAGAUACGCGAAACGAUUCGCCGCGUACUUGUCGUUGCCCUGGCCGGCGGAUGCACCGCCGCCGAAGCUCGAAUUGUACGCUUGUCUUGUGCUGGCGGGCACCGGCGUGGUUCUACUUCCGGUUCUCCUGGGCGCGGCGUUUCUGAAGCUCGGCAACCUGGCCAACGACGGAAUCAAGCUCGGCCGUCACCUGAGCGCGUGCUCGCGCGAUCCACCCUCUUCGCUGCUGGCCAACAACCACGACAACAGUCUGGCGAACAAUUUGUGGCGGCACGGAGGUCCGACGGCAGCGUUCGUACACCUAUGCACGGCCAUGUGUUUCCUUCUACCUUCGCUGCUCAUGGAAGCCAGGCUCAUACACGCCGGAUUCUUGCCGAAAGACGCGAUAUGGCGCACGGACCUGGAUUGGGUUGUCAUUCAUCGCGACCGGCUGGUCGUGUCCAGUUUCCUGAACCCGAACGUGAAUCUCAGCAUACUGACCGGAUUCAUCACUCCUCAGCCGUUCGUCACGCUGACGCCGAACGAGGAGCUCGACGAGGCGACGAACGAUAUCGCUGCAUCGACGGCUGGCACGACGGGUGCAACCGGUAUCGUCGACGACGCUGCCUCGUCCCGUAUCGGGAAAGCCGUGGAGACGUUUCCGGACUCGUUUCGAACCACCGGCAACGGACGGCUGCCUCCGAACGCGCGGCUCUCGAACACCAGCCCGGCGUCGACCGGGAAUCGCGGCCAUCCGAGAACCUCUUCGAGGGAGGACGGUCCCGCGACGUCGGGAAAGACGGCGCCUACGUCGACCGUCGAGACGCCGACGGUGACCGUGACAGAUACGACGACGAGGAUCGCGGAGAUGACCAUGACUACGACCACCGCCGCCGCGACGACGACGACCACCGUCGCCGCAACGGCGAGCACGUCGGUCGCGAGCUCGUCGCCUACGGCCGCGACGUCGAGGUCGGUGAACGCAACCCCGCGAACGUUGAGAAGCACCACGGACAAGUACGACGCGGCCGUCAGGCGAGCAACUGCGAAAACGUUCGUCAGGAACAAUCAUGCGAAGAGCAGGUCGAAGGCCAAGAGCUUCGGGAGAGCAGCGUCGACGACCAUCAGACCCGUCCGAGGUGGCGGGAACAUGACCGCUCAUAGUCUGUCGCUGACGAUGAACAGUCUCUCCGAUUUGGAUCAUCCGGAAAAACUGAAUCUCGAGAUGACCGCGGCCGAAUCUUACGGGCCCAUCACCUUGGAGUAUUUGAACUACGCCGUGGCCCUUGGAGUGUAUUCGGUGAGGUAUCCCGCGGUGUUCUGGUCGUGCAACAAGGCGCUCGGCACCAUUUUCAGCGUUCAGUUGGUCGUUAACUCUGCGCAGAGCUUGUUGGCCUACGUUGGAAUGUCGGUUCUUUACAAGAUUCAAGUGGUGGGACCUUUGAAAGUGCUGCCGGUUCUACGGCAACAAUAUCGAGCGCUGUCGAGUUCCGGCAGCGGCGGUGGCAGUAACGGCGGUCCUGGCAGCGGCCUUGGCGCUACCACCACCACCACAAUAUCAACAAUUUUCGGAGAUUCAUAUUUUCUACUGAAUCCGCACGUGACUCUCGUUUUGUUCGGCCUCUCGUCCCUCUUGGUACUGUGCUCCAGCAUGGUGAUGUACUUCUACGCUUACGGCAGGUUCACCGCGUUUCUGAAUCAGGAACGAGAGCGCCGAGUGAUCUUGUCGAAGGAGAAUCGCGAGGGGAACGGCUGGAUAUACUUCAUCCAUUGCACCGCUCUUUGCGUGUUCUUGGCGAUCGCGAUCUGCAGCGCGCCGUUGCUCUACGAUUACAGCGUGGUGUACCGGGCCAGCUUGGACGGAGCCAUCUUGGCCUGCAUCGUCGCCACCGUUCUCCAUUUGCUGCUCUGGCUGCUGGUCUGGAUUUGUCUGACGAUCAAGCAUCGUUGGACGUUCAAGCUGCGAGUGACGAUCGGCCGCGCUACCGUCAGGUCCGCGAGAUCGGUGAAACUCGUGACCGACGUCGAUCUGCUCUCCGCGAGGGACGAAGAGGACGGCACCAGCGCGCCACUGUUGGUCGUCGGCAAUGGUCGAACUUACACAAUCGCCGAUGCAUCGCCGAAGAAGGCCAUCAUGAGCGUCAUACAGAAGGCGGCCAUCGAGAGGAAAGCCCGCGCUCAAGGAAACGCGGAUUCGGUCGACGGUGAUUCGACGGCUGACGACGAGCAGAUAUAUUGGCUGAGGCCGAAGUUACGGCCGUCGCCGACGCAAUCGCCGAACGACGCGAACCACGGGCCACCGGCCACCGAGAAGGGUUGGCUGAACAAGAAAUUGAAACCCAAGGUCACCUUUAACGACCUGCCUAGUACGUCAGGCUCGCGUAAUAAGGGAAAAGCCAGACGAGGCGGCGGCGCAGGCGAUGGAGCAGGGGGGCCCGAGGAUGACGGAGAUUAUGCUACGUUACGGGAAUUACCGUUGAUGACGUCACUGGACCCGGCCGACGAUUCAACGUCCGAGGAGAACAAGCUGCUCGAGUGUGUAAACGACGACCAAGUGACGUACUAUGCAAGUGCGAACCGCGAUCUGCAACCUUCGGAAGGUGAUCCCUCGCCUAUCUUGACUCCAGACCCUUUGUCCGAUCCCACCUCGGAGCCACUCACAUUGCCACCUCCGACCCCGACACGCGCACCGAGCACCGAAGUUGUCACGGCUUCGCUAACCACUAACAUCCAGGUGAACUGCAACGGAGGACAAACGCCGCGAUGCCUGCGCCGAGCGGAUUCGGGGGUGCCCCACGAGGAGCUGACGCCCCGUUCGGAUUCCUCGGUGUCGCCGCCCUUGGAAACUGUGGUCGCCGGCGGGAAUAACACCGGCGUGGUUUGCAGCAACGGAGGAGUCGGUUCCGUGGCCGGCCACAGCAACGGGAGCAGCCACAGCGAAACGUCGUCGAGCGGGGUGCACAGCAACGCGAGCAACGCCAGCAACGGCAGCUGUCAGCGGCGAGCGACCAGCGUCGACGACCUGACCGGCGACCAACGCGAGGAGCCACGGGAACAGUGGCGUAGCUGCUCGCUGCAACGAGGCAUGCAACCGCCCACGGCCGCUUCGAUCGCGUUCUCGCCGCCGCCGCCUCUGCCGCCGUCCUCGAUCUCGUCGAUGGCUCGUCCCGUCGCCAACUGCCAGCCCUUCUCGUCGCCGCAGUAUGCGAACCAUGUGAACGCGAGCCUGAACGGGAACGCGACCGCGACCGCGACCGCGAACGCCAACGCGAACGCGAGCGACGCGCUCCCGGGAUCCGGGGCCAGCUCCGUGUCUGGGUCCGGGUCCGGGUCCGGGUCCGGCUGCUCCGCGGUGAUCCUCGAGAACUCGAACGAGGCGACCGUGGUGAUCAGACGGAAGUUGUCGAGGACGAAGCUGACGGAGCCGCUGAACCCGAACGAGGAGCCGUUCGGCCGGUCGACGAACAUGCGAAUGACGUCCUUCACGGAGAGCAACGAUAUUCGCGUGCACGCCUCGUCCGCCACGUUACCGCACUAUCCGACGCAGCCGAUCGUCACCUAUCCCCAUUGCUCGACCAUGCCCUUGCCGCACGUGUCGCACGCGAGCGUCGCCGGCUCGCACAUGAGCGGAUCCAGCGGAAGCUGCGGCUCCGUGCCGCGGCACACGUUCGUCGCCCACCCGCCGCAAAUGCACUCGACCGUUCCCUCGCACACCACCCUGCCCUCGCACCACAACGGCGUCAGACUGUCGCACCCGGCCCCGGCCAACAAUCCGUUCGUCAAACGAUUCCCGCCUGUACCGCUGCACACGCAAGCCUGGGCGCUGCCCGGACACCACACGUUUCCUCAAACACCGCAGACGAACGGCAAGCUGUCGGUAGCCGCUCAAAUCAGGCAUACGGACCGCGACUCGGCCAACUUCUCCAUGGCCAGCAGCGGCGACUCCGACACGUGUUUGCCUCAUUGAACGAGCCGCCGCCGCGUCGUGCUUUUCUCCCCUCGCUUCGUUUCGCUUCGCUUCGUCUCGCCUCGUUGUUCCGUUUCGCCUCGUCUCGCCGACAAAUCCGCGAAUCUAAACGGCCCCCCCUUUUUGCCUGCCCGACAGUAACAUAUCAAACACCGUCGCAGUAUCACCGAUCGGAAAGAACGAGGUUCUCCAUCCGAGCGUAAAACAUGUAUUUUUAAUAGGACGAUCAGAGUAUCGCGACAACGGUCACACGACGAUUCUCGUGCACCAACCGUUUCCCCGACCAAAAUGUAUCGUUCGAAGGGACAUAAUAGUAGCCGAAGCUCGUUUCCGAAAAUAUCUGUGUCUGUGGUGCAAUAUCUCGUGGCAAACAUAUCUCGCAAACUCGGGAUCCAUUUGUUGUUUCGGAGCCACCGUCGAACGCGAAUGCCUGACGAACACCGGCGUAAAUUGGCGAUACCUCUUUUUCGAUGAAUCAUGCGAACGAGGCAUAUUGUUUUUUUUAUUUUUAUUGCGAACGAGACGAAUCGCAACGAAGCGAAAAUGGGACGGACGACCCGCAAUUUAUUAAUCGUGUCGCGUUCUAGAAUCUCUGAGAAUCGCUGAACGAUAACGCUGCUCGAGAACGGUGCAGAAUACACCGUUCGAUUCGUUACGAAUACCUCUCAUUGUACCCGGGUAUUCUGCCUAUACUUAUAGUUAAGGAUCAAGUAACUCGCUUCUCGCGCGUGCUGUCUCGUAUAACACUUUCGGCAUUAUCGGAACGGUCUCGCCGUGCGGUACUCGUCGCUACAGAUUUUCUUUGAUGCCGGUUCUCCCUUUCGGACUGCCAUGCCGGACCCCGCUUUCCGCCCAUUCUUCUCUAUUUAUUUAUUUAUUCACUCGCGACUGUCGGAUCGCGGACCGAUCUUUUCCUCUCGCCGGCGUUUAACUAACGUCCCAGGCGAAGGUAAUAGCGCGCCCGCGCCAUCGUUAAUUUUCUCUCAGCGUUAAUUAUUAUAAUAACAAUAUUAUUAUCACAACAAUAAUAUUGUGAUAUUAUGAUAUUAUAUAUAUAAUAUAUUAAUAUAUAAUAAUAUAUAAUUAUAUAUUAUUAUUAUUAUAGAUAAUAUAUAAUUAUGAUAUUGUCGUCAUUUCAAAAAGUUGUGACAACAUAUAGAAUUUACUUAUUUGUCAGAAAAGAAUCGUGAAAACGGACUCGACGGUUUUAACCCCUUGCUGCAGCAUUUUUAUAAUAUAUAGCCGUGCCUAAAUGUUUAUUUAAAUGUUUAAGUUCUGAUGACAAGAAAUCACAAUAUUAAUUCAGGCUAAAAAGAACAGAAUUAAUGUUUAGAAUUAAUAGGAUUUUACUAGAAAUCUCCACACACACACACACACACACAUUCCACUCGUUAAAGUACUGCAAGGGGUUAAGCUUCCAUAAAUAAAAUUAAAGAUAGCACGCGCGCGCUAUUCUCUUUGUCCCCCACAAAGGGAAUAUGUAACUCCGCGGUGAUACCGAAGAGAAUAUCGUUUGGAACUCUCGACCGAGAGAGUCUCCGUGAACUCCGGUUUCUGCAUGUAAGAAAAUAGGAAAGCGCGCGAAAGAAAGAAAACGAUACGGGAACGUUAGACGAGGCCAGCACGUGACGGCUACUUAGAAAAGUUUAAGGGAACGACUACUGCCACUAAUUACGAGGAUCCGCGGAUCCGUGUUAUACACAUAUACGUAUUCAGUUGUUCGAUCGACUGCCAUGUUAUUUCGUCCUUUUUGCGGAUUCCACGGGGCAACGUUCACGAGCGAAUAAAGCGUUUCGCUCGUUCCCACCGUGAUUUCCUGACUCCAGCCCCACGCGCGUCCGCCGCGUCCCUCGUUUCGCGCCGCAACCACUUGUAACAUAAUUCCAUUUAGACUCUCGCUUCUCUUUAUCGCGCUUUAUCUAUUGUUUUUCACGGCUCUGUAAAUGUUGUCAGAGACGCGCGAGAGACGGUAGAGAGUGCCUAUUAUUACACGCGCGUUUAUUCGCCGCUUUUACACGCUUA